CCUUUGUUGUGCCGCACGCCCACGCGCGUCCCUCUACCUUUGGAAAUCGAGCAUUCUUCGCGCCUUGUGUGCAUCUCUAGAUACGAUUUCCUACCGGAUUCGAUCGAAUCAACGCGGCCCCCGCUCGUGUUCCAAAAUAAAAGUGGAAGCUGCAACAACGCUUGGAGGAAUCUUUCGAUCGUGCCCACAUUCCAUGUGUGGGUAGAUUCUCCCGUAGGAGCCAUGAGUUAUCAAAUGUCUUCGAAUCAAUCUAGACCAAUGUCCCACGGAAAUUAUCAAGGCUUGGGUGAUUUACCCAUGGGUUCUGCCAAAGAACAAACUUUAAUGUGGCAACAAAACUCUUAUCUGGGUGACUCUGGAAUUCAUUCUGGUGCCGUUACCCAAGCACCAUCUUUAUCGGGCAAAGAAGACGAUGAGAUGGAAGGUGAUCAAUUGAUGUUUGAUUUGGAUCAGGGAUUUGCUCAAGGUUUUACGCAAGAUCAAGUCGAUGAAAUGAACCAACAAUUGAAUCAUACAAGAUCUCAGCGUGUUCGGGCGGCAAUGUUUCCAGAAACAUUGGAAGAAGGUAUAGAGAUUCCCUCCACCCAAUACGAUCCAGCUCAACCUACCGCUGUUCAAAGAUUGGCAGAGCCAAGUCAAAUGUUGAAACAUGCAGUUGUCAAUUUGAUAAAUUACCAGGAUGACGCAGAUCUUGCAACGCGCGCGAUACCGGAAUUAAUAAAGUUGUUAAACGACGAGGAUCAAGUAGUUGUAUCCAAGGCAGCGAUGGUAGUCCAUCAACUUUCCAAGAAGGAAGCUUCUCGUCACGCCAUUAUGAAUAGUUCACAAAUGGUAGCUGCCCUGGUCCGUGCCAUUUCAAACAGCGACGACCUCGAGUCGACGAAGGCAGCAGUUGGUACUUUGCACAAUUUGUCCCAUCACAGGCAAGGUCUGCUGGCUAUUUUCAAGAGUGGCGGUAUACCGGCUCUUGUGAAGCUUUUGAGUUCUCCAAUGGAAUCCGUACUCUUUUACGCAAUCACGACACUGCAUAAUUUACUCCUACACCAGGAUGGUUCUAAAAUGGCUGUACGACUUGCUGGAGGGCUACAAAAGAUGGUCGCUCUACUUCAACGGGAUAAUGUCAAAUUUCUAGCUAUAGUAACCGAUUGCUUGCAAAUUCUUGCGUACGGUAAUCAAGAGAGCAAAUUAAUUAUAUUGGCUUCUCAAGGGCCAAUAGAACUGGUACGCAUUAUGCGUUCCUACGAUUACGAGAAGCUUCUGUGGACGACAUCGAGAGCAUUGAAAGUGUUGUCCGUUUGUCUUAGUAAUAAACCGGUGAUAGUCGAAGCUGGUGGUAUGCAAGCGCUUGCGAUGCAUCUAGGUAAUCCAAGUCAAAGACUCGUCCAAAAUUGUUUGUGGACGUUACGAAAUUUAUCGGACGCUGGCACCAAAGUCGACGGAUUGGAAGGUUUAUUGCAAAGUCUUGUACAAGUUCUUAGCUCUACCGAUGUGAAUGUCGUCACGUGUGCCGCUGGUAUUUUGUCUAAUCUGACUUGCAAUAAUCAACGUAACAAAGUAACGGUAUGUCAAGUGGGAGGUGUUGACGCUCUCGUGCGUACGAUCAUCUAUGCGGAUAGCCGGGAAGAGAUUAGCGAGCCAGCGGUAUGCGCGCUUCGUCACUUAACGUCACGUCACGUGGAGGCAGAAAUGGCGCAGAAUUCUGUCCGCCUAAAUUAUGGAAUUCAGGUUAUAGUGAAACUUUUACACCCACCUUCGCGUUGGCCGUUGGUUAAAGCGGUGAUAGGAUUAAUUCGCAAUCUGGCACUUUGCCCCGCAAAUCACGGCCCGCUACGUGAUCACGGCGCGAUUCAUCAUCUGGUCAGGCUUCUGAUGCGUGCUUUCCCCGAAACGCAACGGCAGCAACGCUCGUCCGUGGCAAGUACUGGAAGCCAGCAAGCGUCAGGCGCGUACGCAGAUGGUGGUGUCCGGAUGGAGGAGAUAGUGGAGGGUACUGUGGGCGCGCUUCAUAUUCUCGCAAGGGAGUCUCACAACAGGGUCAUAAUUAGAUCUCAGAACGUGAUUCCGAUUUUCGUACAGUUAUUGUUCAACGAGAUUGAGAAUAUUCAACGUGUCGCGGCUGGCGUGCUCUGCGAGCUCGCCGCGGACAAGGAAGGUGCUGAAAUGAUCGAACAAGAAGGUGCUACAGCUCCUUUAACGGAACUGCUUCACUCUAGGAACGAAGGUGUCGCGACAUACGCGGCAGCCGUUUUAUUCCGUAUGAGCGAGGAUAAACCACAGGAAUACAAGAAACGACUGUCCAUGGAACUUACCAAUUCUUUGUUGCGCGAAGAUACGAAUCUUUGGAAUAACGCUGACUUUGGGAUGGGUCCAGAUCUACAGGACAUGCUUGGCCCUGAUCAAGGCUAUGAUGGUAUGUAUGGACAAGGACCCCCUAGUGUACACAGCAGCCAUGGAGGCCGAGGGUAUCAGCCGCAAGGUUAUGACCAGAUACCAGUAGAUUCGAUGCAAGGGUUGGAAAUAGGUGGAGGGUCGACAUAUGGCGCGAUGGACACUAUGGACGUGGCGCACGAGGGUGACCUGAGUUUCGAUCAUUUAGGAGAGCUUCCUGCACCGCCACAAGAUAAUAACCAGGUUGCAGCUUGGUACGACACCGAUCUCUGAAAAUGUGCCAGCAUCGUAUCUCGCCAGAGAAACGAAUCCGUGAGGCUCUUAAGUAAUUUCAAUAUAGACUAGUAUUGAAAUUACUAGCUUUGAGACUAGUAUUGAAAUUACUAUUACUAGAAAUUACUCGUUUCGGGGUUAGCGGUAUAAAUAGACACUCGUUCCUUUUUUUUUUUUAAUUUUUUUUCUUGCGAUUCAAUAAGAUCGCAUUUCAAGGAAGGUCUAUGAUGUAACAGGUACCCGUGUGAUCGACAGUGCCGAACAAGUGUCGAAACAAAUGAUAACCAUCGUCCAACGAGGUGCGAUUCAUUACUUAUUGGAUAAAUCAUCGGUUGAUUAAUUAAUCAGUAUUAUAUAUCGUGUGUAUAUAUAUAUAUAUUUCGUAUAUAUAUAUAUAUAUAUAUUUCCACUUUGUUGGAUUUUUCGUUCGUGAAUAAAAUUUGUUAUCGUUUGUUCGACAUUAGCCAGCAUCGCUUCGACGUUGUCGAUUGUUCGAGUUGCCAUUGUAUUAUAAAUUUGUGAACCUAUUUGCGAAUCGCAGACAGCGAUUAUCUAUGAAUACCGCCAACUCCGAAACGAUAGUAUCAUUCUUGAGUAUCAGUGAAUUACAAUCAAGUAUAAAUAUAAAUGAAUAUCAAUGAACUUUCGCAUUACGUAUUUUACAGGGUAGUUAUACUUAAUUUUUAUUAUUAUCAUUAACGUAGCUACGCAAUCGUGGCGGUACUUUGCUUCGUUCGAUGCUCUGUACGCGCCUCUGAUCGCUGUCGAUGUAUUAGACCUAAGUGAGAGACACGUAAUUCAUACACACCAUGUAUAUGUAUCAUUUAAUUGUUCAUACGAAUAAACUGAACGAUUAAGUAUUCAAA